UUGGGCCGUAGUCGUCAGACAAAAGCAGUCUGGAUUUUUCACGGAACGGAAAGACGCUACACUCAAAAAUGAAGACGGCGGUAGUAUCUGUCGCUUUGCUAUUCCUGUUUUGCAUUUCUGUUACUGCGUUUAACACUGAGUCGCAAUUAAUCGACAACGAAGUGGAACUCCAGCGAGCAAGAGAAGAAGUAAAUCGUGUAACUCCUAACCUCCGAGAUGUUAAUGAAGAGGAGGAUGACUUGGAUGUAGAUGAGAAUACUGAUGAUCAAGAAGACAAUUCUAAGGAUGAUGAAACUGAUGACGAAGAUGCAGAAACUAGCGAUACUGAAGAAGAAACAGAGGAAACUGAUACAGCAGAAGACACAGAGGAGGGUUCUGAUGUUGCCAGUGAAGAAGAAGAAGAAGAUGAUGAUGAUGAAACAGAGGAUUCCCCCGUACCAGAUGUGGAUGUCAUUCAAACAAACCCAUGCGAUCUAUUUCCGUGUAAACCUGGAAAGGAGUGUUAUCUGACAAAGACAAAUAAACCUAAAUGUAGAUGCAUCGUCGAGUGUGACAGUUCAGAAACCGACUUCAGAGUGUGUGGUACAGACAACAACACUUACACAAGUGAGUGUGAAUUGUGGAGAACCAAAUGUAUAAUGAAGCAAAACAAGGCUAAGGGUGUACAGCAUCUUAGACUUGACUAUUACGGGGACUGCAAAGAAAUUCAACCAUGUGGAGAGCAUGAGUUAAGCGAAUACCCCACUCGAAUGAGAUCAUGGAUUAAAAACAUUUAUCUUCAAAUGUAUGAUGAAGCAGAGGAUAUGGGGGGUCUCAAUGAAAAACAAAGAUUUCAUGGUCGAAAACUGGUAGCAAACCGUGACCGCUUGCAAACCUAUGAAGAACAUCAUAUCGAUUUAAUGAGUCGAGAGUUUCAGAAGUUCUACCCCUUAUAUAAAUACCCAAUUCACUGGAAAUUUGGAAUUCUGGAUGUAAAUCCUACCGACAAGUAUUUGAGUAAGCGUGAGCUUGAGCCAAUGCGUGCACCUCUCGUACCACUGGAACAUUGCACAGACACCUUUUUCUCAACUGCUGAUGCAAAUAAGGAUCAUCUCAUCUCAUUAUACGAGUGGGCUGAAGCUUUAGGGCUACAGGAAGAUGACAUUGAUAGCACUCUGACAACUGUUUAAUGAAACAUUCUUGCACGCUUGUUUGUCCAUUGUAUAACACUCUAUUGUAAUCACUGCACUUUCCCUAUCUGCACAGUAUUAACUUAAACCAAGCUUUUUUAUCAUCAUUUAAAGGCACUCUGUAAGCUGCAUGUUUUAAUCUCACCCAAUGCUGUAUAUUACUGCUGGAGUCCAUUUAGAACUCUUUUGUUUGUAUGAGUGUAUGCGAAUUAACCAACACAGACUAACCUAUCUGUAUUAUAAGCAAUGGUAGCCCUUAAAAGCAGCAUAUAGUAUUAAGCUUCAUGUUUCACAAACAUUCCCGCAAUAGUAUGCCAUACGUUAUAUAGUGUGUCAGGAUGAAUUCAAAUGACGUCAAUUAGAAAAAAAUAGUUUAAGCGAUAAAAUAAGGAGGUUCGUUCAAAAUACGGUAACAUCUCAUAUCAUGGGUGAUGCUUUUGCCUUUAUUUCCGGUAAUUUAGAUUAUGUAACUUAAAUAUGGGACAAAUAAACUGACUUCGUGCUGCC